GGCCCGCGCCGCUCAGGGAAGAUGGCGCUGCACUUUCAGAAUUUGGCUGAAUUGGAAGCACUGUGUACUCAUCUCUACGUAGGGACUGAUCUCACAGAAAGAAUAGAGGCUGAGAAAGCACUCUUGGAACUGAUUGACAGCCCAGAAUGUCUCAGCAAGUGUCAACUUUUAUUAGAACAAGGAACAACAUCCUAUGCUCAGCUCCUUGCAGCAACAUGUCUUUCAAAACUUGUUACCCGAAUCAAUCCUUUACCUGUUGAGCAGAGGAUAGACAUCAGAAACUACAUUCUGAAUUAUGUGGCAUCACAACCUAAGCUGGCUCCCUUUGUCAUUCAAGCUCUUAUUCAAGUCAUUGCUAAACUCACUAAGUUGGGGUGGUUUGACGUUCAGAAAGAUGAGUUUGUUUUCAGAGAAAUUACUGCUGAUGUGAAGAAAUUCCUCCAGGGUACUGUGGAACACUGCAUAAUAGGAGUGAUAAUCCUUUCCGAGUUGACUCAGGAAAUGAACCUGGUUGAUUAUUCCAGACCGUCAGCAAAACAUAGGAAAAUAGCUACCUCAUUUCGUGAUACUUCUCUAAAGGACAUCCUUGUGUUAGCCUGCUCUCUCCUGAAACAGGUGUUGGCCAAACCUUUAAAUCUCCAGGAUCAAAAUCAACAAAGUCUGGUGAUGCAGGUUUUAAAGCUGGUCCUUAGCUGCCUGAGCUUUGACUUUCUUGGCAGUUCAGCAGACGAAUCCGCAGAUGAUCUUUGCACAGUGCAGGUUCCAACAACCUGGAGAACAAUUUUCCUGGACCCAGAAACAUUGGAUCUUUUCUUCAAUUUGUAUCACUCGCUUCCACCACUACUGUCGCAGUUAGCACUUUCAUGCUUGGUUCAGUUUGCUUCUACAAGAAGAUCCUUAUUUAGCAGUCCUGAACGUGCCAAGUACCUUGGUAACUUAAUUAAAGGAGUAAAGAGGAUACUUGAAAACCCUCAGGGUUUGUCUGAUCCUGGCAAUUAUCAUGAAUUUUGUCGGUUUUUGGCUCGUUUAAAGACAAACUACCAGCUGGGAGAAUUAGUGCUGGUGAAGGAGUAUGCCGAAGUUAUUGGGUUGAUUGCCAAUUUUACUAUUACCAGCCUACAGCAUUGGGAGUUCGCCCCCAACAGUGUUCAUUACUUGUUAACUCUGUGGCAGAGGAUGGUAGCAUCCGUUCCUUUUGUAAAGUCAGCUGAACCCCACUUGUUAGACACUUACGCACCUGAAAUCACCAAGGCCUUUAUCACUUCCCGAUUGGAAUCCGUUGCCAUUGUUGUGAGAGAUAAUUUAGAUGACCCCCUGGAUGACACUGCUACCGUAUUCCAGCAGCUGGAGCAGCUGUGCACAGUCAGCAGGUGCGAAUAUGAAAAGACGUGUACUCUUCUUGUACAGCUAUUUGACCAAAAUGCACAGAAUUAUCAAAAGCUUCUGCAUUCAGCUUCUGGGCUAGCUGUUGACAUGGCGAUUCAAGAAGGACGUCUUGCAUGGCUGAUAUACUUAGUUGGCACAGUUGUAGGAGGGAGAUUAACAUAUACCAGCACAGAUGAGCAUGAUGCUAUGGAUGGAGAAUUGUCCUGCCGUGUUUUUCAGCUUAUAACGUUAAUGGAUACCAGAUUGCCUCGCCGCACCAACGAGAAAAUAGAACUUGCAAUUCUCUGGUUCUUGGAUCAGUUUCGUAAAACAUAUGUUGGCGAUCAGCUUCAAAGAACCUCAAAGGUAUAUGCCCGUAUGUCAGAAGUCUUAGGAAUAACAGAUGACAACCAUGUUCUAGAAACAUUCAUGACGAAAAUUGUUACAAACCUUAAGUACUGGGGAAGAUGUGAGCCUGUAAUUUCAAGGACUCUUCAGUUCCUAAAUGACCUUUCAGUUGGCUAUAUCCUUUUAAAAAAACUCGUGAAAAUAGAUGCUGUGAAAUUCAUGCUAAAAAACCAUACGAGUGAACACUUCCCAUUUCUUGGCGUCAGUGAUACUUACAGUCUGAGUGACUUCAGGUGCCGAACAACCUUCUACACAGCCCUCACUCGCCUUCUGAUGGUAGAUCUAGGCGAAGAUGAGGAUGAAUUUGAGAAUUUUAUGCUGCCUCUCACAGUCUCUUUUGAAACAGUGUUACAAAUAUUCAACAACAACUUUAAACAAGAAGAAGUAAAGCGUAUGUUGAUCGGGCUGGCAAGAGAUCUUCGAGGGAUUGCCUUUGCACUGAACACAAAGACCAGCUACACCAUGCUGUUUGACUGGAUGUACCCGACAUAUCUCCCAGUUCUUCAGAGAGCUAUUGAGCGAUGGUAUAGAGAACCAGAAUGUACCACUCCCAUCUUAAAACUCUUGGCAGAACUGACGCAAAACAGGUCUCAGCGUUUGAAUUUUGAUGUGUCCUCUCCCAAUGGAAUUCUUCUUUUCAGAGAAGCAAGCAAAAUGAUUUGCACCUACGGAAAUCAGAUCCUGUCUCUUGGGAGUCUCUCAAAAGAUCAGAUUUAUCCAAUGAAACUCAAGGGCAUCUCCAUCUGCUAUUCAGCUCUCAAGUCUGCCUUAUGUGGAAAUUAUGUCAGCUUUGGAGUCUUCAAGUUGUAUGGGGACAACCAUUUUGACAAUGUACUCCAGGCCUUUGUCAAAAUGCUGCUGUCUGUGUCUCACAGUGACUUGCUGCAAUACCGAAAACUGAGCCAGUCUUACUAUCCGCUCCUGGAAUGUCUCACCCAGGACCACAUGAGCUUCAUCACCAACCUAGAGCCUCCUGUGCUCCUGUAUGUUCUCACAUCUCUCUCGGAGGGGCUCACCACUCUUGAUACAGUCGUCUCCUCCAGCUGCUGCACAAGCUUAGACUACAUGGUCACCUACCUCUUCAAGCACAUCGCAAAGGAGGGGAAGAAGCCUCUUCGAAGCAGAGAGGCCAUGCAGGCUGCUCAGAGGCUGUUACAGUUUAUGCAGCAAAACCCUGAUGUUCUGCAGCAGAUGAUGUCUGUCCUCAUGAACACCAUUAUCUUUGAAGACUGUCGGAACCAGUGGUCAGUAUCCAGGCCUCUCCUGGGGCUCAUCCUGCUCAAUGAGAAGUACUUCAGUGAACUGAGAGCGAGUCUAAUAAACAGCCAGCCCCUCCCAAAGCAGGAAGCCCUUGCCCAGUGCUUCAGGAACUUGAUGGAGGGCGUGGAACAGAACCUGUCUGUCAAGAACAGAGACAGGUUCACACAGAACCUCUCCAUCUUCAGAAGAGAUGUGGCAGAGGCCCUGCGUAAUGAUGGCCACACAGAACUGUGCAGCCUGGACAUGAUGAGCUGACCCAGCUCCUGAGCGCUGGCUGUGCAGCCUUUGUCAAGAGACUCUGGAAGGUCUGGGUCGCAGACUGUGAUGCUGGACAGCCCAGAAGAAUGUAUUUUUCAGAAAAACAGCAAAGCCCUACAUUUUUAUAAGUCUGACCUAAUUAUAAAAAUUUAUAAUAGUGCACAUACAAUGUAAAUCCAGUAUUCAAAGCAGAACAUGUUUUCCGUCCAUCUGGGUUCCCACAGUGCUAAAGGUCUAGAAACUAUAUUUAACCAAAGAACAUAAUAAAACAGGCUAGCACCUGCAAUCAAGGUUGUCGAUUUGGUGAAGAUGCAGCCUUCAGUGUGUGUCCUGGAUUGAGACAAAUGCCAUUUGAACCUUUUGAAUUAGUAGUUUUUACAUCUGGAAAAUGCUCCAUUAGGGACUCUGGGCUGUGGGCAUUUAGAAGGAGCCAGGGAACACCAUAAAGCCGCCCUCAGAACUACAUACAGGCCUCUCUACCCAAGCAACAUCUGAUAAAGUUGAGAGACAGUAACACAAUUAAGUGACUUAAAAACAAUGUUUGCUUUCCGUUGGCAUAAAUCUGAAGCUGUUCAGUCUAGAAGAAUUAAGCAGUGCAAUUUCUGCCUGCAGAGAGAUGUCUUUAGGACUCUGCAAGCCCCGGUUAAGACCCUCUGGGUGCACCAGCUCCUCAUCCUCUUGGCUCCUUGAAGAGAAGCUGAGGAUGGUGAGGAGUGCUUGAAGCAUCUCUGCUUCCUUGGACCACCCAGAACAGUUCAACUGCUGCCUUCCACCUUCCACACUCUUAACCCACUGUUGGAUCGUGGCUUCAUCCAAACACAGGAAAUGAAGGCCUUUGCAGUUUGUGUUCCAUCAUAACUAAGCUAUUAAUUUGAAAUUGCCACUGUCAAAUGGGCUUCCUAUCUCAGUGCUCUGCCUUCAUAGUUCAGGCUUACAAUAAACACUGUGCCCGUUAUUUCUGAUCAGACAUGAAAGGUUGGCCCCAGUGUUGCAGGGAAGAAAUCCACAGGCUCUUGUUAUAAUCUCAUUUCUCAGACUAGCGUUUCUCCAAAUCUUUCUUGAUAGUUGAUUUUCGCAGCAAGCAGGUCACCUAAGUUCCUCUCCAAGUGUUUGUCCUCCAUGUGCAAAGGGAGUCAGGGGAAACGGUGGUCUGGAAGAGACUGCUUGUGUUUCACAGACAGGUAAGCCUGAACCUUACUCUUCCCACUCCCUUAGGAAAUAUAUCUCUACUAGAGAAGACAAAUCCUGUGCUUUGAAACAUCAGCUUUCAAAGGAGCUUGACAAGAAUUUCCCCUUGGUUUUUGUUUUGUUUUUAAUUUGUUUAGUUUUGGAGUUUGAGCCUCCCUCUGUAGCCCAGGCUGGCCUGGAACUCACUGUGAUCAUCCUGCCAUAGCCUCCUCAGUGGAGGUUGGCAGGUGUGGGUCACAAUGCCUGGCUUCUGCAGUCGGGGGCAGAGUAGUUCUAAUUGCAUUCACUCCACAGAAGCUGCAGAUGCUUAUCCCAUUCUAGUAUUGUUUUGUUACAGAUGCCUAGAGUCAAAAACACUAUAUUGUUUGCAUUAAA